AUGCCUCGUUUCAAGCCCAGCUCAGCAGCCGCAGCAAGAUUCUCGGCACCGCUCGAUGCUGUGAACCUCCAGACGCUGAAGUCCGGGUUUUCCGGCCAGGUUGAGCGUGAACGCAUGUCCAGACUUCGGAGUAAGAUUGAAGAAGUGCGGAAUGCUUGGUUGGAUAAUGACGCAUACACGCAGCUUGUCGAGGCAGUACGGAGAUGGUGCAAGCCUGAAAGGCUCCCAGAAGAGGUGCGCGAACCACUUGAACGACUCUUGAAUGGCUACCGUGACUACGGAGAUGUUUCGGUUAGUCGCCCUUCCAAUGUCAGCACCAGCAGCAGCAGCGAGCAGUACGACGCCUUGGAGAUGUACUGCUCCAUCCCCGGGUACGAUUACCUCUUUAAACUGGUUAGUGACACUCUCCGAACGGAACACGCUGCUGAAGAGCACCUCCUGGUUGCCACAACACUCAUCGAAUUCCUGACGAUUGACCUGUACAAUCUCCGACUGUCUCAACUUGGUGAUCCGCGGUAUAAUAACUUUGAAGGCCUCACUCACCGCGGUAUGCCCGUCCACCAGGAAACUGUCCGCUUCUAUGAGGACAUCAUGCGGAGCCCUGACUUGACCUUGCGGGGAUUUGCUAUCCCGCUGGCCUUGACCUCGACCAGUACCGACCCCAGGGUCAUGGAAGACUUCGCUGCAAAGAACGUCGUCACUUCCAUCUGUGCCAUGCCGGUGGCCAAUAUUUCGACAGAGCGUGAAAGGGAAAUCUUGCUCAGAGGCGCCUUCUUCCAGUUAUUGUCUGUCACCACCAAGCGAAACGGAAAGAACGGUGUGCCCAGUGUUCAGGUCAUUGUUGUUACAAUGAACUCCAAUCGCGAUCACUCGACCGAAUCUUCCUCAAACAUCGACGAGAAGAGAGUACAGCGCGAGAUCUUUCGUCGACUUGUUGAUGCAUCCAAGUAUCGGGCAUGUGCAGAGUUGGCGGCAGAGUUUUCGCCUGAAGACGUGUAUGGAUACAAGAUGUUGGCAGACAGGAUGUUGAGCGAGAUUCGUGACAUGCACGAACUUGACCUGGGAGAACUCGACGAAGGGUCUGCCGGUGUGCAUGGCAUAGAGAAGGAAGAUGUGGCGGUAUGGCUGGGUGGAAGAUUGGUUAGCAGCUAUCCAAGACAGUAUGCCCUGCGACGCAAGCAGUGGCACCAAGCGCUGACGAAGAAGGACUGGACUGUGGCUUUGAAGACACUCAACUAUGAGUACAGCUGGCGACAAUGUGACUGGUAUAACACUGGGCCGUUGGAUGCCGAGAGCGAUGAACUUCCAGCACUCCACAUAAUUGCUAGCAGCAGGCCACCCGAAGACCAGUACUCUGACGAGUAUCGAGCGUGGGAGGAGCUCGUCGAAGGCGCUCAGGCAGAUCCCCGUGUGUGGAAGACCCUGAAGUCCUUUGGCGGAAAAGCCAAGACCGCACAAGAGAAUGCACAUAACCAAGAGAUGGCGGAGGCAUUCAAGCCGGAAAUAAUGCAUCAUGUGGAUGAGAGAAGGCUCGCUCACCUGGAAGAGCAGCUCCAUAGGUUGAUGAAGGACACUGCUGGUUCUCUUGUCACUUUUGUGCAGGGUUUCAAUGUUGAGUUGCUUCCAUCUGAGCAAGCUCUCCGGGUAACAACGAUCAGAACCAUCGCUGGUCAGAUUCUGCCUCAGUCCACUACCCGGAUAUUGGAAUCCACUCCAACGAGCUUCGGAGCUCAUAAGGUGGGAGACUUGGUGACAGAAGAUAUCACCAAGUUGACUGUCCAGUUGAGUAUCGUUCCGCUUUUCGAAGAGGCGGUUGAGGUCUAA